UUCACUCUAGCAAACUAGCAAAUACCCUAGCGAUGGAGGCCAAGGAUGGGCGCUAUGCUGCAAUGCUGGAGCGAUUGGCGGCGCUGGACAGCGAGCGGGCGCGCCAGGCGGAGGCCCGGCGCCACGACGCAGCGGCAUCCGCGAAUCCACUGGAAUCCACAGGUGCGUUCCAGGGCGCCUUCGACGAGCAGCGCAAGGUCGUGGAGGAAUCGCUCAGUCGCAUCCGCCAGUCCGGCAGCGCAUCCGGCAAGGCCGACAUGGAUGCCGUCGCGGUCCAGCUCGCGGCCAUGGACAAGAUGGUGUCGGAUGCGAGCUACUUCCUCCCGCCUUACGACGUCCAGAGCUCUCGAUCGGUGGUGGACAGGCUCAAGCAAUCGCUCGAGAGCGCCAUCGCGGAGGUCAUCCCCAAGAAGAAAUUCUCCUUCCGGGCCAAGAACUCUUCCUCGUCACCGAAAGAAACGGUAACGCCACCAGCGGUGAAAAACGAGGAAGAAGAAGAUGAGACUCCAUCGUUCAUGGCUGAUCGAGCUGCCAAGCUCCACUCCAUUCGCGACGCCAAGAACUCCACCAUCGUCCACGACUCGGGUGAAUCCAGCGAGACAGAGGUGACGCUCUCCAACUUGACGCACUGCACGGUGUUCUUGAGGGGGAUCUUCCGCGCCAUGUUCUUCCACAAGCUCAAGAACUGCCAUGUCUACGUGAGCGCAGUCACGGGAUCCAUUCUUCUGGAGGAGAUCGACAGCUGCAUUUUCAUGCUCGCGUCCCACCAGAUUAGAAUCCACUCCACCACCAACACGGAUUUUUAUCUCCGGGUCCGGAGUCGCCCGAUCGUGGAGCAUGUUAGUGGAGUCCGGUUUGCUCCCUACGCUUUCCACUACCAAGGGAUUGAGGAUCAUCUCAAGGCAGCGAACUUGGCCGAGGAGACUGGAUUGUGGGAGAAAGUUGACGACUUCCGGUGGCUUCGAGCUGCAGCUUCUCCCAACUGGAGCAUUCUUCGUCCGGAUCAACGCGUUCCUCUCGUAGAUGGCACCAACGUUUCUAGUCGGGAGUUUUGCAACAAAUAAGUCUCAAGGAUCUUGCGAAAGAAAUGCCAACUGCAUGCUACAUUUUCUUAUAUAAACGAGACCAGUUUUAACUGUUGC